AUGGGUGCGUGCGCAUGGUCUUUUGCCGUCGGGCGCCUAGAUUUUGGCUGUGAGUCUCUAAGGCUGGGGGAAGGGGAGUUCUGUCACCUCACUCUAUAACUACACGGUGAUUGAUUCUACUGCUGAAGCUGACACUGUAUCCCUACUAAAAUGAUCUGUGGAGGAUAUUCUAAAAUGGUUUUAGAAGAAGCAGGUGACCUUGUACUACAGAUGUAAACAUAGUCGCAAGAUAGGAGUUCAGGAUGAUGAACAGAAAAGAAAAACUUUGAAAUAUCAACCACUUUCCAUAAUGGAGAACCAGCCAGUAGUGUUAGGGAACCAGGAUGGAGGGGCAGCAACAGGCACAGCACCUGCUUUUUAUGUCCUUGUGAAACAGCCACAGACCAAUGGAAAAGUUGAUCAAGGAAACUUAGUUUCAAAUCGAGACAGUUGUGGUGUUGCUAGCAAUGCAACCGUACCAGUAAAAUCUAAAGUGAAAACUUGCCUUCCUGCGGAUUGUACCUCUGGAGGCAUUACUGUCACCCUGGACAACAAUACCAUGUGGAAUGAGUUCUACCAUCGCAAUACAGAAAUGAUUCUUACUAAGCAAGGAAGGCGUAUGUUCCCAUAUUGUCGAUACUGGAUCACGGGAUUGGAAUUCGACCUGAAGUAUAUCCUGGUCAUGGAUAUUUCUCCUGUUGACAACUACCGCUAUAAAUGGAAUGGGCAUAGUUGGGAGCCCAGUGGAAAAGCAGAACCUCAUGUCUUGGGGCGAGUAUUUAUUCAUCCAGAAUCACCUUCUACAGGUCAUUACUGGAUGCACCAGCCAGUGUCUUUCUACAAACUCAAACUUACUAACAAUACGUUGGAUCAGGAAGGGCACAUCAUCUUGCACUCUAUGCACCGCUAUCUACCUCGCCUACAUUUGGUGCCUGCUGACAAAGCCACAGAAGUUAUCCAGCUGAACGGUCCUGAUGUCCGCACCUUCACCUUCCCACAGACAGAGUUCUUUGCUGUGACAGCCUAUCAAAACAUCCAAAUUACACAACUAAAAAUAGACUAUAAUCCAUUUGCAAAAGGGUUCAGGGAUGAUGGACUGAGCACUAGGCCUCAACGUGAUGUUAAACAAAAUGGUAACUCAGAGCAUGAAGGAGGUAGUGUUGUGAAUUCUCCAGGCAAUUGCAGGCAUUCCACUGAAGCUGAUGAUUUGUAUCCAGAGCAGAGGAACCUAGAACCAUCCUCCGGUGCAGUAUAUAACACAGAUCUGGAGAGAGAAUUAUUCAGUUCAGAUCCUGAGUUUUUGAGUCUUACAGAGAGAGAUGCACACAUUUCUGAUAUGCCAGCAUUGAAGCAGGAAGCUUUGGAAAGCCCAGUAGGUAGCCCUUCUCAAAACAGAUGUCAUGUGCCAUCCCCACAGAACUCAAAUGGAGGCAUCAAUAUUGUUGUUAAAGAAGAACCAGUGGAUGAAUAUGAUUAUGGAUCAAGUACGUGUUUAGAGGGGAUAAAUGUGAAGCAGGAAGAAGGAGAUGAAGAAUAUUCCAGUAAUGAUGACUCAAGGGACAAGCAGCUGAAGAAACACAGUGAAAUUUGUGGAAAGGAGAUGGAAAUUGAAUCCAACAAGCGAACACAGAAUAGCCAGUUGGGUGUUGCAAAAGCAAAAAUGUUAAAGUUGGAGACUGGGAAGAUGCCUGUAGUCUAUCUGGAGCCAUGCACAAUCACCAGGAAUACAGUAAAAGUCUCUGGUCUUUCACAGUCUGUUUUGUCACCUUCUAAAAGUGAGAAAUUGCCAUUCAGUUACUCAGUGGAUUCUUUGUCUACUUGUUUUGCAAACAGUGAUCUUUCUGGCCCCUUUACAAACAUUAAAAGCGAGGAAAUAGGAAUUGAACAAAUUUCUGAAAAUAGUAUUCCAGAUGGAUGUUCUUCAGCAAGAGAUACGCCAUGGGAAGCUGAAACAUACAGCAGUCUCACUGUAACAAGGAAAGCAUCUACCCACAGUUUCAAGGCAGUUCAAAGCAGUGGGUUGUCUUCAGCAAAAGAUACCUUAGGGGAAAAAAAUACAAGUGCAUUUAAGACUCCUCUGUCCUGUGAGGAUAUUGCUGGUAACAAAAAAGUUGUGAUACUGGGCCCACGUAAAAGAGGAAGACCACGGAAAAUAAAACAAUCAGAGGUUGGGCAAGCGCUAAAAUUCACAGAAAGGUCAAUUGCUGCUGGCACUUAUACCUCUUCUGGGCCUUGCAGUACCCAUUUAGAUGUUAAGCCUGAUCUUGAGGAUGUGGAUGGAGUGCUCUUUGUUUCCUUUGCAUCUAAGGAAGCUCUUGAUAUCCACACUGUUGAUGGAGCUGAAGAGAGAGAAGACCUUCAGAAUACACAGACUCCUUCACUAGCUCCAUAUGAUGCAUACAGUGAUCCAGAUGGUCAGAGGAUACAGCAACUAGAAAAAGAACUGUUGGAAGAUUUGAAGUCUUUUAAGUACAAGCAAGUGAUACAUCCUAGUCUUCAGGAAGUGGGACUAAAGUUGAAUUUUGUGGACCCAACAAUGAGUAUUGACCUGAAAUACUUAGGUGUGCAGCUGCCACUAAGUUAUUCAAAUGACUGUCCUUUGUGGAAAACCUUUGGGACCAAUUCCUGCUCAGCUGAUGCUGGACUUCCCUUUGUUUCUAGAACUGGGAAGACAAAUGACAUCACAAAGAUAAAGGGUUGGCGAGGGAAGUUACAUACUUCAAAAAAUGAAGGUAGCUUUUUAGAUGCCUCCUUGAAGAACCGAUCUGCCUUCUGCAGUGACAAGCUUGAUGAAUACUUGGAAAAUGAAGGGAAGCUGAUGGAAACGAACAUGGGAUUCUCUCCUAGCACAUCCAGUGGGCCUGUGGUUUACCAGCUUCCAACUAAAAGCACCAGCUAUGUACGAACACUAGAUAGUGUUCUAAAAAAGCAAUCCACCAUUACUCCUUCUGGCCCUUAUACUUCCAAGCCACUUUCAGUGACUUCUGUCUCUAGAAAGAAAAGGAAAAAAAUCAAGACUAAAAAACAAGCAAUCUCUAGGAGCAAAGGAAAGCCAUCUUUUGUAACAAAGCAGAAAUGCAACUUAUCCGUUUCGCAAGACAAAGUCACUAAAUCUCAGUCAAGUAGUCACACAGCUGAGGUAGGUGCUCUCAUAGCACUGAGUGCAGAUGAAGCAGUGCAAGGAAAACAAAUUCCUGUGCGCCAGGCACAGCAGCAGCAUCAGAAUAGUCGCCCACCAAAUUUAUCUAAGACACAGUUGAAGUUGAUGGACUUGGAGGAUUGUGCAUUGUGGGAUGGUAAGUCACGUACCUAUAUUACUGAAGAACGAGCAGACUUAUCUCUCACAACUCUACUCACAGCUCAGGCAUCACUCAAAAACAAACCUCUCCACAAAAUUAUCAAAAAGCGAGCACCACCAUGCAACAAUGAUUUUUGCCGACUUGGGUGUAUCUGUUCUAGUCUAGCCCUUGAGAAACGCCAACCUGCACACUGCCGAAAGCCAGAUUGCAUGUUUGGCUGCACAUGUUUAAAGAGAAGAGUGGUCCUAGUGAAAGGAGGUUCCAAGCACAAGAAGGUCCUGGAGAAGUCUCUGCCCAGAAGGCAUUGGUUGUAUCAUGGGAAAGAAGAGCAAAGGCAGGAGGAGACAGAAAAAGAAGAGGAGCAAGGGAAACUGAAAGAUAAGAAAAGAAAAAAGAAGAUAGAAUAUACAAUCUGUGACUCAGAGCCAGAAAAACCUGUUAAGAACUUUCCAUUGUGGGUAAAAGUCGAUGGAGAGAUGGAUCCAGAACCAGUUUACAUCCCAACACCAUCAGCUAUUGAGCCCACAAAACUGUCAGUACCUCCUACCAUAGAUGUCUUGCCAUCUGACAAGCCUGUGCCUAGUGAAGCUAAGCCUGCACCUAGCGUUGUCAAGCCAAGGGUGUAUACACCCCGACCUAAUCCAGUGAUUCGAGAGGAGGAUAAGGACCCUGUGUACUUAUAUUUUGAAAGUAUGAUGACCUGUGCCCGUGUUCGAAUAUAUGAACGCAAGAUGCAGGAGAAAAAACAACAGAAGUGUCUUCAGAAUUCUGAAAAACUCAUUGAAAAGGAGCAUUCUGAGCUUCAGCCCCUUAAAAUGGAAGAUGGUAAAGAGUCUGGAGAGAAAAGUUGGUGGUUUUCCUGUAGUGCAGGAGAUCCAUCUACUUCCUAUGUACAUCACACCACACCAAAUGGGACAACUAAACUAAUCGAGAUUAUUUCUGAUUGCAACUGGGAGGAAGAUCGCAAUGAGAUCUUGAAUAUUCUGUCACAGCACAUCAAGGACAAGAUACCAAAGUCCCUCAAAGUAGGAAACUUUGCUAUUGAUCUAGAAUCUGAAAGCAAAACCUGGGAUGAGAAGAACACUCCCAUCUAUUCUUCCCGAGUGAAAAUCUCCAUGCCUUCUUGCCAAAACAAGGAGGAAAAAGUUCACAUGCCUGUUUUGGAGACACCUAAUAAUAUAUUGUCACCAUGCAAAAGGACAGAAAAAGUAACAGUCUUAUCCCCUGGCUCCUUGACCAAAUUACGAGAACAAAAGAAGAAGGGCUUGCCUUUUUAUACUGGGCUUUUUCCUGCAGGAAAACUGGCUGCCUAUACAUGCAAAUCUAAUUUGAAUCCUUCUUGCCUGAUACAGGUUAAUGGCAAAAAUUAUCCUCAGGCCAAGCUGCUUUUGGGACAGAUGGGAGCAUUACAUCCAGCCAAUCGACUCGCUGCUUAUAUCACAGGCAGGUUGCAACCCACAGUGCUUGACCUCUCAACUCUCAGUACUGUGGUCUCCAAAGUGCCAUCUAAUCCUAAAGUUGGUGGCUCUGAGCCACAGUCAGUUGAUGUAUCCACAUCAAAUACUACCAAAACCCAAGUUUUCACCUCUUCCUCUGGAGCACGCCGAUAUGGUCAUGCGCCAGCACAGAGACACAUAGCUGCUCGGCCGUCAGUGGAUAGUUUGCCCUCUCAGUUGAUUAUGAAUGCAGUUGGAGCUCUGCAGCAGAAGAUCCCUGGAGUUAAAAUACUCCAACCUCUGACAGGACCACAGAAAUUUAAUAUUAAGUCUACGCCACUGUUUCCCAGCACGAGUGCUAUUACUAUUGCUGCUACUGAUAUUACUGUGACAUCACCUCCUGUAACUGCUUCUAGCCAUUCAGAAGCUACCUGCUCUUCUGGCACUGCUUUAGCGAAUAGUGGUGGAAAAUCUGAAAAUAGCUACCAUACCACAGCCUCCCCCACAACUACUAUGGCUACUGUUACAAUAACAAAAUCUACUGGAAUAGCUGCACCAAUUGCAACUGUUGCUUUUCCGAAGUCUGUAGUAGCCACAUCAACUGUUCCAGUUUCUGCAGCACCUCUGUCCUCUGUUUUAACAACUGCAUCACCUGCCACAGUGACUACACCAGUUUCAACAGCUGACUGUGUUCGUACCAUACCAUCAGGAAUUCAGACAAGUCCUUUACCUAACCAAAAACCAGAUGCUACACCUUUAUCUCCAGUUACAAGCCCUCCAAGAUUAUCUCCUGGAGCAGAGAAACGUAUGGGACCACGACUACUUUUAAUUCCUGUACACCAAGGGUCUCCUGCAUUGCGACCUCCGCAAAAUACACCACUUGCUCAAGGAAAAAGAAUGAUUUUGCAGCCUUUAAGGAAUCCUGGUGGUGUAAAUCUCUAUCGACAUCCCAAUGGGCAGAUUAUCCAGCUGGUUCCUUUGCAUCAGCUCCAGCCUGCGGGACCCCAACCCAAUCUUCCUCCUGUAAUGUUCCGUAAUCCAGGAUCUGUUGUAGGAAUCCAGUUGCCUGGACCUUCAAAAUUUCAAGAUGCAUCUGUAUGCCAGUCCACUUCAGUUACAUCUGUGACCACCACGGCUACUUCAGUUUUGUCCAUGAAUCCUUCUCCUCCUCUGGCAUCCCUGACCACAGAGACCCCCUUAGCAUUGGCUGUCACCCCAACCACCACAGCCACUCCAAUGUUGCCUGCACCACAUUCAUCUUUGUCUACGUUCCCUACUACUGGGGCCAGUUCAGCUUUGUCAGUGCUUCCUGCUACUGAGGCUUCUUCAGUGUUACCUGCAUCCUCUAGUACUGAGGCCACUUCCAUGUUGUUAGCACCCCCUACCAUUGUAGAUCCCUUGAUGUCACCUACAUCCAGUUCUACUGGGGCCACUUCUGCUUUGCUCCCAUCUCCUUCCGUAAACCAGACAUUGCAGACUCAUAAAUCUGUGCCUGCACUUCCUGUUUCAGCUACUCAAGGGACACCUGUUAUUCCUCCAGUAUUAGUUCCUCUGUCUCAAGCUGGCACUCUGACUCUGAGAAUUUCUCCUUCAGGACUAAAAAGCACUGCAUCUGAGACUGGUGCAGAUUCAAAGAUUGUUGGACAACCAAGUAGUACAUCUAGUCUAGUUCCUCUUCAGACUGGCAGUUUUUCAUUGCUUCAGUUUCCAGGGCAAAAAAGUGCCUCAGAUUCCAUGGUGAAACAAGUUGGGUCUUUUGAAGUAAAAAAUAACAGUGAGAGAGACAAGUUCCAUGCUGUUCAUAUAGAAGAAAAGACAUCUUAUACAAAAGCAGUUGAGGCUAUUGAGUCAGAUAUCACAGUGUCGAAUAUCAAGAUGGAAGAAAAUGACAUGCCAGCAAAAAGAACAGAUUCCCACUCUGAAGGGAUCAUAUGCAAUAGAAAUGUUGUUGCUCUAGAGGUGAUUGAAAGGGAUGCAGACAAUGUUGAAAAAUUAUCAAGCGGGGCUCCUAGCUCCCAGCCUGAUGCUGUAUCAUCAGACCACUCCUAUCUUGGUGAGAAAAUAAAAUGUGAUGAAAUCAAGUUGAAGAUUAAGAAGAAACAGAAUCUCAAACAUUCUGAAGGUACCCAUGAUGAAGUACCAUAUAGUUCAGAAAAUGUUUCUGAGGACAUUACAAAUUUAGAAGGCUCAAAUGAGGAGCAAACACAGUCUGUCAAAACGCAACAUUUUGCUACUAAUUCAGGAGGAGCUGAGCAGACACAUUUGGAAAUGGAAGAGAUGUUUGUUGAUGUACAGUCCCAGAAACCAUGGGGUAAGCACAAAAUCCACAUGGAAUCUAGAGAGAAGCUGCAGAAAAAGACUAAAUCACCUUUGAGUCAAUGUGAGAAGAAAGAUCUGAAAGCACUGUGGAGAAACAGAAAGCCAAAUGGAGACAAUGUUACUGCAGUGGAGAGAGGAAGGGAAGAAGAGAAAGGGAAACCCAAAGUCAAUAGUGCCAAAACUCAAAAUGAUACAUCAAGAAAAAAGUGUGUGGAUAGUGCUCAAGAGUCUUUAGCUAAAAGAGAUGCAGAUUUUCAGGUGAACUGUAGCUCAUCUGCUCCUAAAACAAUCACUACUGGUUUUCAGGAAGAUGGUCAGACUGUUAAAGAUAGCCUUUCUCAAAUCAGCAGGCCUUGUAGCAAAACAUCUACGCGGUCAGUUUCUUUAGAAAAUCAAAACAUGGAUGCUGAUCAAUGUGUUGAUAAAUUAGUUAGAUGCACAAAACAGAGUACUGUGAAAACAAACCACUGCAGAAAAGAUUGUGCAGAUAUUAUUGACAUUACCAUGGAUGACACAGACAACGAUGAAAAGACUGAUGAUUCUGCAGACGAGACAGUUGAUGAUAUAUCUGGCUAUCGAAGUGAAGAUGUAGUGAACAUUGAAACACUGAAUGAAAGUGAAUCUAGUGAAGGCGAGGAUAAUGUGGACAUUGAGACAGUGGAAGAACUUUCAGAGAAAAUUAAUAUUGCUCGCCUAAAAGCUUCUGCUGCACAUGCCCUCUUGUCCAAGCAACUGCAUAUUGUUCAUGACCAUUCAAGCAAGGCAGUGACAAAGACUCCUAAGCAACCUGAGCUCUCAAGCAAAAAGCCAAAAAAUGAAGAAGAAGCCUUUGCUAAUUAUCGCCAAACUCACACAGCAAAUGAGCGUCGCCGUCGAAAGGAAAUGAGGGGACUCUUUGAAAAACUGGAGGCAACUUUGGGAUUGCACAUGGUCCCCAAAGUUUCCAAGUGCUUCAUCCUCAAACAAGCUUUUGAAGAGAUUCAGGGCCUUACAGAUCAGGCGGAUAAACUGAUAGGACAAAAGAAUUUGCUGAUUCGGAAGCAGGAAGCCCUGAUUCGUAAAGUGUCUUCACUCUCAGGCAAAACACAGGAGGUGGUCUUGAAGAAGCUAGAGUAUAUUUAUGCCAAACAGAAAGCUGUAGAAGCACAAAAGAAGCAACAGCAGGAAGCAGAGCCUGCAAAGACUGCUGAACCAGCAGCGAUGGCUCAGUCUUCUGCAGAAACCAGUUCCUCUUCUCUUUUUAGAGAGAUGAAACAAAUGUCUGUGUCCAGCAAGCGUACAAAACCAUUGAUACUUGCUAGAAAAAGAAGUGAUGCCCCAGGGGAGACGACAACUCCUGUGACGCUGACAAAUGCUAGUUUAGUAAUGACUGCACAAGGUCAGGUCCUUUCAUUCAAGAGUUCCCUGAUGCCAGGACAGAUUUCUGCCUUGCCUUCCACACUCUUGCAAGCUGAAUUCAAAUCAGAAGUUGACAGUAACAGUGGGCCAAAUCAGCCAGGUACUGCUUCUGUGAUGAUUCAGUUGCCGGGAUCAACAGUACCAGUUCAAGUGAAAGGCAUCCUCCCUAACUCUACAGUUCCUAUUACUUUAUCUGCUGUGGCCAGUAGCUCCGCCUCUCCAGUUGUAGAAACAGCUCCAGAACUCACUCUAGACAAUGAAGACUCAUUCUUGAUGCCAAGGAUAGUAAAUGUGACAUCACUAGCGACUGAAGAAGAUAAACAUUUAAAUGUGGACGUAAAUGAGAAUCCACAUAUAGCCACAGAUGCCAGUUCCCAGGCAUCUGAGCCUUCCUUGCCAGUAGCACCUCAGGAAACAAUAAAUACUCAGUCUGUAGAGAAAGCUGAAGCUUCUUGUGGAAAUGGCGGAGAGACUCCUGAAACAACAGAACACUUCCUUAGGAAAAAAGAAAUUGUGUUCCCACAAAUAGUCAAUGUCUCCAGUUUAAAAGAAUCACCAGAAACAUUUGCAACAAAACUUUGCAUUGAACAGUUGGCUCAAAGCCAGGCAGAAGAAAAACAGACUAACAGGGGAGAAGGCAGACAGCAGUCAAAGGAUUCUUUGUUCCAAGAGCUGCAGGUUAAGGAAGCCAAAACUCUUGGGAUAGAAAUGGAAUUACAAAAAGUAGCCUCUGCAAUACAGGAAGCAGCACCAGAUUCAAGUGACAUAAUGGACAUAGAGGACAAUGAUGACACAGAUGAAACUCUUACUUCACUUCUGAAUGAAAUUGCAUUUCUUAACCAACAGCUGAAUGAUGAUGCUUCAGAGGUAUCAGAACUCCCCAACUCUCUAAGUUCUUGCUUUUCUCCAGGAGACAUAGAGAGUCAUAGAGAAUCAGCUGCUGCGGAUGGGUCUCCCUUUCAGUUUGGCCCAUUGGGUGGGAGCUUCAAGGAUUUCUCUAUAGCUGGAGAAAGUAACAAUUCUAUAACUCCUCUCCUCCUCCACUUAGAUGAUGACGAAUUACGUAAUGUUAACAGAAACUCAAGAGAGCUUUCAUCUGAGUCAGAUGCUUUGAAAAUCAUGUUAAACUCUGAAGCAAAGCACUCAGAUCCUAGCCUCUCAGCAGUAAGUGUUGGUGAAAGUGGAAAACAUAUGGAACCUUUGCCAGCAAAACCCACACAUGUGUCACCUCCAGUACUACAGAUGAAAACUAACCUAGAAGCUGGCAAUACUGAUGCAUCGUGGAGACCCAUGCCCAAAUUGGCACCACUUGGGUUAAAAGCUGCAAACUUUUCAUUGGAGUCAGAAGGGCAGAAUACCAAGGUGAUGCCUGUACUGGCACCUGUUGCUUCAAAAGCUUCAUCCACUGAGAUAAAAACUGCACGGCCAGUGACUAGUCCAAGUCAGGACAAUAAAACAAGGCCCACACUAGCACCUGUGGCUACAAAAUCAAAAUAGUAAUGCAGCUUUACAUUCAAACACUGUUUACUUGUCAGAAACUUUCAAAGAUGAUUUGGGCAAAUAAUAUGCUUCUGACAUCUGGCUUUCUAAGUUAGAUCACUGAAAUGUGUAUGUAGUUUGUCAGAUGAGAUGUUUCAGGCUUGGAAAACCCAGAUGACAAUAAAUUAGGAGUACAAGCCCUGCCAAAUAGGUAAAAUAUGAAGCUGCCCAAUUUUCUGGGUAUUUUUUUAGAGCUCUGUGAAAUAGGGUGAUGAUUUUAUGAAGAAUAUUAGAUAUUUUUAGUGCAUUUUUUUCUGAUUAAACAAUGUAGAGCCCCCCCCCCCAAUCAUUUAACUGAACUAUUGUCAAUUUCAGAGUCAUUCUUAAAAAGGCAUGAAAGAAAAAAAAACAUGCAGUUUUCAGGCAGUUACACAGGGAAAGUCUUUUAAAUGCCUCUAAAAUGCUUAGGAUUUGUUUUAAAAACACUUCAGGGCUGUAUAUGGGUUGCAUAUAAAUAUUUUAUCAUGAUGAAUUGAGACGUCAUAUUAGGAGAAGCAGAAAUUCAUAAAGAAACUGAACGCAGUUGAACUACACAUUUCUCCCCCUCCUCUUAACUGAAGAGUUGGAAACUCUUCACUUUUAAGCCAGUGACCAUGAAAGGAUUUCAUGUUGUAAAGUGAUUUAUAUUUUUGUACACAGCUUUUUUAAUGUAUGUAUGUAACAUAAUGAUUUUUUCUAUCUACGAACAAUGUAGAUGGUGAUUUCCAAUGAUUACUGUAAAUAGCAGUUUUUGAGAAAUUGUAAAGCAUCUGGGUGCUCCCAAGUUAAUCAUUGUUGUGGAAAUCGUAUGAAAUCUGAAAAUUGCUACAUUUUUCUUAAUUGCAUUAAGGAAUGUAAAUCACUGUUCUUGCUUAUCCAAGCAGCAAGUGUAAAGGUUCCCAUUCCCAUGUUGUGGGAAUAUUUCCAUGUUGUGGUUUGCUCAUAGAAGGGUUCAUCUUCUAUCACUGGAGUUGAUCCAGCUUGUGAGAAGCAGUCUUCUGCAUGAGUGUGGAAAGUACAUCAAUUCUACUUGCUUGUUUUAGUGAAGCUUCAUGCAGUAUCCAUUAAGUCCCUGCUUCUUUCUUCUCAUAUGUAGGUUGCUGUAACAGUGGUUAGACUGUUCCUUUUAUUUGUAGUUUUACAAUAUGAAGGUUUAAAGAGUUUAAAGAGAAUUUGUCAUCACCUGAAAAUCUGAUUUGAAAUAGUAGGAUAAUUAAAAUUGUUUGGUAGCUUCUGUAGUCUUCCACUGUUGGAUACUCUUUUGUCCUGUAUUUAAUCAUUUUUCCCGUACACUGUCCUAUGUUUGAUGGUAAUCAUUCAGUGCCUUAGGAUUUAGAAGGAAACCUAGCAUCUAACAUGCUUGGUUAAAAUCUAAUCCACUGCAUCUAUUUCAGUGAUCAAAUUCAAAAACGGAAGUUACUUUCUAAAUAUAUAAGCCAAUUGAUACUGUGCAUGCUGCAGAUGGUUUGAUUUGCUAGUUUUCUUCUGUGUGCAGUGGCAACAACACUAUGCUAAGAAAGUCCAAAGGAAUGCCACGCUAUAAUGGGUUUGUUCUUUCUGCAUCUUCCCUCAGUCCUUCUUGGUUAUCUUACUUGCUUCAUUCCAUUUAUCUAUGAAAACUACAUGGUCCACCACCUGAAGUAGAUGCCAAAUCCAUUUGAGAAAAACAUCUUACCUUUUGAGAAAUUGCUUGGCUGUUUUGAAGGAGCAGUCUCCAUUAUGAUUUAACGUUGGACAGUGAAAAUUUGGAGGAAAUCUUCUGUUUAAGUAAUCAAGUCUAUUUUGCAGGGCUCUUCAAAAUACUGAACUCUUUCUCCUAAUUAUUCUAUGGUCAGAUUUAAUCCUGCAUUUGAAUGCUCACUCCCUGAGUUUUUAGCAAAUGAAUAAAAGUGCAUCCCAAGAUGCACAGUUAUGCUGUUAGUUUAAUUCAGAAAUUAUGUACAUUUGCAAAUAAGACACUGAACUUUAGAGAUGGCAAUUUGUAAUCAAGAGAUCAAUUGAACCCCUUACAAAGAGCACAUUUUCAUUUAAUCAAGAUUCCUGGAUUUUUAAUGUAUCUGUAAAUAGGAUAGAAUGUUUUAAAGAAUAUAAUGAAAUGUCAGUUUUGAUUUUACUAUAUACUCUUGCCAUCAUUUUCUGUAUCCUGAAAAACUAAUAUUUUUAUAGACAUCUAACCACAAAGUUUAUUUCAGUAAUGUGGGACGGAGAACCUGUGUAAUGACAACUGUCUUCUGCUAGAAGCUGACUCUGAAAUAUUUCUAUGUGAGAAAAUGUCAUGUGGAAUAAACCAGCUUUAGUAGUCC